AUGAGAUUUUUCCGUCAGCAACUGGCGGUAGGCCUUGGGCUUGCUGCCUUCUCGGUUGAUACCCUGGCGACUCAGAGCCAACCAAGUGCAAUAUCAGACCAUUGCGUCCAGGCAUGCAAAGCUUUGACGAGCAAGCUUGCAGACCAGGUCAGUCUGCCGAAUACCACGGUCUAUGACGAGGAAAAGACGCAGUUCUGGUCUGCUCAGCAAUCGGACACAUCUCCGACAUGUUUCUUCCGUCCUAAAAACUCACGGGAUGUCGCUGCUGCUAUCAAAAUAUGUCGCCAUACCGGAUGCCCCUUUGCAGCAAAAUCAGGGGGUCAUGCUGCUAUGGCAGGUGCUUCAAAUAUUGCCGGUGGUCUUACCAUCGACUUUUCCUCCAUCAAGAGCAUUAUUGUGGGAAAAGAUAGACGUACUGUCUCUCUAGGUACAGGGAACACAUGGCUCAACGUCUACUCGCAGCUCCAGAAAGAAGACCUGGUAGUUGUUGGCGGCAGGGUGGCUGAUAUUGGUGUCGGUGGCCUGACACUAGGAGGAGGCAUCUCUUUCUUCAGCAACCUAUACGGAUGGGCAGCGGACAAUGUUCGAAGUUUUGAAGUUGUCACGGCUUCUGGUGAUAUUGUUCAUGCGAGCUCCCAUCAGCAUACUGAUCUAUAUUGGGCCCUCCGAGGUGGUGGCAAUAACUUCGGCCUGGUCACUAAGUUCGAGGUCUUUUCAUACCCUUUAAGACGGGGAGAGAUGUGGGGAGGGAACUUAGUAUACCCGGGGGCUCAGAAUGCGAGUAUGUUCCGGCAUUUAGCUGAAUAUACCAAGCACGGUGCAGAACAGGAUCCCAAGUCUGCGUUGAUAGUGAAUGUUGUAUACGUCCAGCAGUUCGAUCAGUAUAUUUGUGUAGCUCAAGUGGAAUAUUCCGAGCCUAUGAAGGACAAUAACACCCAUCCUGCGGUCUUUGAUGGGAUAUUUGCUGAGCCAGGCCGGGUGAUGGACACAGUAAAGUCUUCUACACUGGCACAGAUUGCAACGGAUUUCAACGAUGCCAAUCCCAAUGGCUUGAGGGAAAGUUACUGGACAGCAACGAUCGAGGCCGAUGCGGAGCUUCUCUCAGACCUCCUGGAACUUUGGGUUAAAGCUAUCGACCCCCUACGAAAGAAUGUCAAGGGGUAUCUACCAGUAUAUUCACUGGAACCGAUUGGUACCCCGAUGCUCAAACCAAUGGCCAGACGGGGCGGUAAUGCAUUAGGUCUAGAUGAUACAAAACCCAUUAUCAUCAUGAACCCCAGUGCUAGAUGGGAAUAUGCAGAAGAUGAUAAAGUUGUCAUCGACGCAUAUGUUGGCUGGCUUGAGAAAGCAAAAGCAAAGGCUGAGGAACGAGGCCUCUGGAACGAUUUUGUUUAUAUGAAUUAUGCCAGUGUCAAGCAGGAUCCUAUUCGAAGCUACGGAAAGGCCAAUAUUGAACGGCUUCGCAAAGUGGCUAAAAAAUAUGACCCCGAAGGUAUCUUUCAACGUCUGGAGCCCGGAUACUUCAAACUCUGA